AUGGGGACGCUACUAGAGACCCCCGCUGCGGCGGGAGGCCCCAAGUUCAGCGAUAUUACCUUCGACCUGUCAGAGCCGUCGUUCCAAUCAGAUCAUUUCCGGAUGUAUGACUUCAAGGUCAAGCGGUGCCCCAGGGCGCGGCCACACGACUGGACAGCCUGCCCGUUUGCGCACCCGGGCGAGAAGGCGAAGCGGAGGGACCCUCGCCGCUACCGGUACAGCGGUACAGCCUGCCCUGACUUCCGAAAGACGGGAGUGUGCCGCCGCGGCGACGCCUGCCCUUACUCGCACGGCGUGUUUGAGUGCUGGCUGCACCCCAGCCGCUACAGGACGCAGAUGUGCACCGACGGCCCCAGCUGCCGCCGCCGCGUCUGCUUCUUUGCGCACUUUGAGCACGAGCUGCGGCGGGCGGAGGAGUACCCUCCGCUGCUCAACCAGCAGCUGCACGCGGGCCUGGUGGCGGACGCGCGCGCGCUGCAGCAGCAGCAGCUGGCGCAGGCGCUGAGCGGCAUCCUGGGCAGCUCGGCGCCCGCGCUGCCUGGCGGCAGCCCCGCGGGGCUGGAGCCUCUCAUGAGCGUGCAGCUUCUCAAGACGCUGUCGCAGCAGACGCCCGCCAGCCUGAUCCCGGGGGACAGCGCGCCUGCCACCCCCACUGGCCUGUCUGGGCUGAGCCCCACCACCACGCUGGGCGGUGGCGUGCAGGACAGCUCCAGCCUGCUGCUCCAGCUGCAGCUCAUGCAGCAGCAGCAGCAGCAGCAGCACGGCGGCGGCCAGCUGGGCGGCGCGCUGGCCGCCACGCUGAGCGACGCGUCGCAGCACAGCGGCAGCUCGCCGGGCGGGUCGCCCCGCAUCAUGCAACACCCGGCCGACGUGCGGACCCCAAGCGCCAUCGAUGCCGCCCGCCAGGGCUCCCCGCCUGCCAUGGUGGCAGCCGAGGAGGCCAGCCAGCUGGCCCGCUACAUCCAGCAGCAGCAGCAGCAGCAGCAGCAGCAGCAGCAAGCUGCGGCGGCGGCCGCCGCCGCCGGCAGCAUCGACCCCGCCCUGCUGGCCGCGCUGCAAAACCUGGGGCUGGGCGGGACGCAGGAGGCUCUGGAGGCCGCUGGGCUGGGGCUGGGGCUGGCCUCCGCCCGACGCUCCAUCGACAACGGCGCGCUGUCCCGCAGCGGUACCGCCGACAACUACCUGGCAGCCGCCGCCGCGGCGCUGGCCUCCGGCAACGCGGUGGGCAGCCUGGGCGGCGGCGCGGCCCCCUCUGCGCCCCCCGCCGCCUCCCCGCUCCUCGGCCCCGCCGGCGGCAGCAGCCUGCCCUCCCGCAACUACAUGGCUGCGGCGGCGGCGCUGCAGGGCGCGGCUCUGGCGCGCGGCGCCUCGGGCGGCCAGCCGGGGCUGGAUGAGGACCGCACGCUGUCGCUUGACCACAUCCUGGCUGAGCUCCCGCGCUCGGCCUCCCAGGUCAACCUGCCCCCCCAGUGA